AUGAAGUCAACAGGAAGUCAAGAAGUCAAAAAGGAAGUCAAGAAGUCAAAAGGAAGUCAAGAAGUCAAAAGGAAUCAGGAAAUCAAGAAGUCAGGAAGUCAAGAAGUAAAAAAGGAAGUCAGGAAAUCAAGAAGAAGUCAAGAAGUCAAAAAGGAAGUCAAGAACUCAAAAAGGAAGACAGGAAUUCAAGAAGACAAAAAAAUGAAGUCAAGAAGUCAAAAGGAAGUCAAGAAGUCAAAAAAGGAAGUCAAAAUGGAGUCAAAAGGAAGUCAAGAAGUCAAAAAGGAAGUCAAGAAGUCAAAAUGA